UGGGGGGAGGGCGCGGGGGGCGGGAAGGGGGCCCCGGCGGAUAAAGAUGGCAAGGUCUCUCAUCCAAGCGUGCCGCAGUCUGGCUCUCUCAACAUGGCUGCUUUCCUUUUGUUUCGUGCAUCUGCUCUGCCUGGACUUCACCGUGGCUGAGAAGGAGGAAUGGUACACCGCCUUCGUGAACAUCACCUACGCGGAGCCCGCGCCGGACCCCGGGCCCGGAGUGGCGGGCGGCGGCGGCACCGAGCUGCACACCGAGAAGACUGAGUGCGGGCGCUACGGGGAGCACUCGCCCAAGCAGGACGCCCGCGGGGAGGUGGUCAUGGCCAGCUCGGCCCACGACCGCCUAGCCUGCGACCCCAACACCAAGUUCGCCGCCCCGGCCCACGGCAAGAACUGGAUAGCCCUCAUCCCCAAGGGCAACUGCACGUACAGGGAUAAGAUCCGGAACGCGUUCCUCCAGAACGCCUCUGCGGUGGUCAUCUUCAACGUGGGCUCCAACACCAACGAGACUAUCACCAUGUCCCAUGCAGGUGUAGAAGACAUUGUGGCAAUAAUGAUUCCUGAGCCAAAAGGAAAGGAGAUAGUAAGCCUGCUGGAAAGGAACAUCACAGUGACCAUGUACAUCACCAUUGGAACCCGGAACUUGCAGAAAUACGUGAGCCGCACUUCGGUUGUGUUUGUCUCCAUCUCUUUCAUCGUCCUGAUGAUCAUAUCCCUCGCAUGGCUCGUCUUUUAUUAUAUCCAGAGGUUUCGAUAUGCAAAUGCCAGGGACAGGAACCAGCGCCGACUGGGAGAUGCAGCAAAGAAAGCUAUCAGCAAGCUCCAGGUCAGAACCAUCAAGAAGGGUGACAAGGAGACAGAACCCGAUUUUGAUAACUGUGCAGUUUGCAUUGAAGGGUACAAGCCCAAUGAUGUUGUGCGGAUCUUGCCCUGCCGGCAUCUUUUCCACAAGUCCUGUGUUGACCCCUGGCUUCUAGACCAUCGCACCUGUCCCAUGUGCAAGAUGAACAUUCUUAAAGCCCUAGGGAUCCCGCCCAACGCCGACUGCAUGGAUGACUUGCCCACCGACUUCGAGGGAUCUCUGGGAGGCCCACCCACCAACCAGAUCACAGGCGCGAGUGACACGACUGUAAAUGAAAGUUCAGUGACUCUGGACCCUGCUGUCCGGACGGUGGGAGCCUUGCAGGUGGUCCUGGAUACAGACCCCACCCCGCAGGAAGGAGAAGUCAUCUUUACUACUAACAGCGAGCAGGAACCAGCUGUAAGCAGUGAUUCUGACAUCUCGCUGAUUAUGGCAAUGGAAGUUGGACUGUCUGAUGUAGACCUUUCCACUGACCAAGACUGCGAAGAGGUCAAAUCUUGAAACGCCCUUGCUUUGGGAGAAGCAACCUGCCAUGUUGUGUAUGGCCCCACGGAGAGGUCUAUGUGGCAAGGAAAGGAUGUCUCUGACCAACAAUUGCCUGCAAAGACUUGAGGUUGCCCCCCUCCAAGUGAGUGAGCUUCGAAGCAGAUGCUUUUUAUAGUUGAGCUUUGAGAAGACCAGGGCCCCAGCAACACCUUGACUGCAGUCUCUGAGA